UGAAACUGUUUCUGAUAAAACCAUCUCUUUUCCCUCAAGCUGUGUGCUUUUUCACUUUCCUCUGGGCAUCAAAGAAGGUAGUCAGAUAGUCUUUCAAUAGUCAUCAUCCAAAGGAAUUCACACACCAUUAUGGUUCAAUCUACAAUGGAACGCAGAGAGGUGCCAAGGAUGAUGAGGUACUACACCAUCACCACCGGCAAUACUAUGGAUUCUCAUAUCCAGUUUAUGAGACAACUUGGAGGAGGCUUCACUGAAGUGAUGUCACCAGAGCAGAGUGAUGUCAUCAUGGCUUUCUGUCCCAUCGUCUCUCGUGCUGGUACUGAUAUUGAGGCAGCACAGCAGCAGAUUCCAGAUGGUAAAGAUGUCAUUCUGGUAGUCCUGCAUCACUAUUUUAACCCAGACUGCACUGUACCUGACAGCAGCAGACUAGUGACCAGAAGUGAUGUAAUACUCACAGUGGACUGUCUGUUCCAUGAGAGUAAGGGAGGACUACUGAACUGUCCUCGCAACAAAGCAGCAGUUGGUAACAUUCUGAACCGGCUGAACAGGAAGCCAAAGGUGGUAGAUAUCAGCAUUGACAUCCCUGAUCACAGAAACAGUCCGCAUACAUUUCUUCGAGGGAUGUCAGGGAUGGUGAGAUUCUUCAUAUUUGUGGUUGGCAAUACCUUGGGUGCUCAUGUGGAUUUGACAAGACAUCUCGUCAUCAGAGGAGGCUGUACUGAAGUGAUUUCACAAGAGGAGAGUGAUGUCCUCAUGGCUUUCUGUCCCAUCGUCUCUCGUGCUGGGACUGAUAUUGAAGCAGCACUGCAGCAGAUUCCUGCGGGUAAACCUGUCAUUCUGGUAGUACUGCAUCACACCUUCAACCCAGACUACACUGUACCUGACAACAGCAGACUAGUGACCAGAGGUGAUGUAAUACUCACAGUGGACUGUCUCUUCCAUGAGAGCCAGGGACUAUUGGAGUGUCAUCGCAAUGAAGCAGCAGUCAAAGAGAUUCUGAAGAAGCUUAAUAUACAUCCUGAGACUGAUUCUGGAUCUGUCUGUAUGGGUCUGCUCAUGAUGGUGUGUUCCUGGAUCCUUGAUUGCAUCUGGGCAGUCAGGCGUUCUUUUUAUGUUUUCUACUCUCUUACAGGUUGCCAGAGAUCACCAUUUGUUGUUGGGCUCAUUAUGUUUAUUGUUCUUUUGUGUUUGGUGGUAUUUUUGAUUGUUUCUUUCUAGAAACAAUGAGGUUUAUCAUAACCUAAUGGAAAUGGAGCAAGUAGGUCUAAACAGCAACAGAGGAAUAAACUGUAGACUACACAGACAACACAGAUAAACUGACUUAAUUAUACAUUAAAAAUAAUGAAUACAGCCUAAUAAAGCACCUACUCUUAUCUAUCUAUCUCAUGUAAUAUUGUAGGACUACUCUGAUAGUAUAUUCUGUGUUGCACUUUGUUCUGCUUUGACUGCCCUUCUUUUAAAUAUUAAAGUCAUUGAAUUACAGUUGCUUUAUGAGUGAGCCUUUGAUGAAGCACAAAUAGUCAUCAAAUCUAAUAAAAUGUAUUUUAUAUA